AUUCCCGUAUGUUGGAUUCCUUUAUUCCUAUCGCUAUUGCUUGAACUGACUUGAACACAAUAUGCAAUCUAAUGUUUUUUUUAGUGUCACGCAUGAUCACGCAUAAGUUCCUCUUUUGACAUCACGCGACUCAUACUUGAUCACGAUAAACGUGUAAUACCGAAAAAUGAAGACUGACAGAAAUUGGCCUCACCGCAAACUAAAAUGUGCGAGUCAGGCGGAAAUAUUACGAUCGCAUCAACGGGAUGAUGAUUUUAUUAAAUUCUUGCGGGAGAAGCUGUCCGAUAUAUCACAGAAUUUCGGAAUGCACAGGACAUUGCUUCAAUACAUUCGGUCUGACAUUCCAUUCAAGUUAUUAUACUUUAUUUUCACAUCGGGUAUGAGCAAUCAAACGUUGGGCGAGGAAUAUACCGGCAUAGUACAGGCUAAUUUAGAGCAACGCAGAGUACCAACGUUAACUGUGAGAAUAUUAGCUGCGAUUUUAGAAUGUUGUGGUGAGAGGACAUUGCUCAAAUUGCUACAACAGUUACAAACAUACGUGAAUCAUCCACGUAGCGAGUUGACUCCAGCAGCAAUAACAUUUUUAAAUACUUUACUAUCCAAGUUACGCACAUUGAUACCUAUAAUUAUAUUGUUCCACAAAGGGAUAUUUUACUUUUACGGUAGAUACUACAGCCUGGGUAGGAGAAUUGCUGGAUUAGAUUAUACAAAGGUAUAUGGACCUCGACCAAAGGAUACUGUUAGCUGGGGAUUAAGAUUAUUAGGAGUUGCUACUAUAAUUCAAUGUCUAUUGAGAAUUUGGCAGAGUGAUACAGCACAAAAUAGUACUGAUGUAAAUAUGUCUAAUGCUAAGGGCAUUAAUCACAAUUGUCAAUUGUGUCUAGAAGCAGCAGCAACAACUGCGACACUAUGUGGUCAUCUAUUCUGCUGGAGCUGUCUUAGCGAAUGGUUACGUGUUAAACCACAAUGUCCAUACUGUAGAGAAUACGUACCACCGUCGAGAAUUGUCCACUUGAUGAAUUUAUAAUUUUCUGUGAUA